AUGGAAGCUGUCAAGCGAUUCUUCUCCUCCCCACGCUUCGCCGUGGCCGGCGCCAGCAACGACACCAACAAGUUUGGAUACAAAAUCCUCGCUUGGUACCACCAACAUUCGCUGCCGGUAACACCGCUCAACCCACGAGCGGCGCAGAUCUCCCUCCCCUCGCGUGCUUACGAUACGGUCCCGUCACCGGCCAGUCUGUCGUCGCCAACGCAGACCUCGCUGUCCGUGGUGACCCCACCGCCCGUGACCCUGCAAGUCCUGCAAGAGGCCCACUCGGUGGGCAUCCCUGCAGUGUGGUUGCAACCCGGAACUUUUGAUGACCGGGUGCUUGGGUUUGCGCGCGAACACUUCGAAGCGGUGAUUGCGGGCGACGGCGGACAGGGCGGCGAGGGAUGGUGUGUGUUGGUGGAUGGCGAUGACGGACUGAAUGCUGCGGGGGUGCAAUGGACAAGCCAGCGAUUGUAA